AUGGGUCUGACGGCUGACCUAUGCCCAUCUAACAACUCGAGGCUGGUGCAGUGGUGGUCAGAAGGUAGAAAACGAAUACAUAAGCAAUCCCGAAAAGGCUUUGACACUUUCGUGAUGCUAAUCUGUUGGACGUUAUGGAAGCAAAGGAACGCGAGGGUCUUUGGCACCGGAAUGAUCAAGAACGAAUGGGAUACGGUGGACAUGAUCUUUGAUGAUCUCAGGACUUGGGCAAGAGCAGGAGCGUUCGGAGGACAUCUAGAUAUAGAGUAA